CGGUCGGCCCCUUUCCGCGUUGCGCCCUCGGAGCCUUGAACGGCCUCCUAACCACCACCUCCCCCGCCUCGCCUCGCCACGCCACCGCCACCGAAGAAGCUGAAAUGGCGGCCGGCGAUACCCAGGAAGAAGACGCCCCCGCAGAAUCCGGAGCGUCCCAGGACGGCGCGCCUGAGCAGCUGCUAGAAUCGGAGGCGGCGGGAGAGGAAACCGCCUCCGAUCACGCUCCAGUGUCCCCCGACGCUUCCCGAGAAGAAGGCUCCCGCGGGGCAGGCGAAGCGGCGCAGGACGACGCGCCCGAGUCGGAGGAGGAACAGGAGGAGGCAGAAGGAGGUCAUGAAGUGGAUGGCGACGCCACGGAGGAGGACGAGGAGGAGGAGAGAGGGUACGGGAAUGAGGAGGACACCGACGAGGAGGAGGCCCCGUCGCACCUCCCGUUCCCACCCGCAGAUGAAGGGUUACUUGAUGACACAACUACAGUUGAUCCAAGCUAUACUAUAUCUCUUAUAAGGCAGCUAAUGCCCAAGGGUUCCAAUGUGUUGAAAGAGUUCUGUGUCAAGGAGAGUUUUCCAGAAGAAAUGAGUGCCAAUUCUGAUGAUGGGGAAUCAAGACAACCUGAUAACAAGGACCCAUCCGGAAAAAGUGACAAACCGGGUUUUCCAGAUGAACAGAGUGUCAAUUCUGAUGAUGGGGAAUCAACAAAACCUGAUGAGAAGGAUCAGUGGGAAGAGUGUGGGUGCAUUUUGUGGGACCUUGCGGCUAGUAAACCUCAAGCAGAACUUAUGAUCGAUAAUCAUGUACUGGAAGUGCUUUUGGAAAAUCUUCGUGUGUCACAAUCUUGCCGGGCGAAGGAAAUUUGUCUUGGAAUCAUGGGAAACUUAGCUUGCCAUGAAUUUCUAGUUAAUGCAGUCUGCAACGAAAAGGGUUUAAUUGUAACUGUUAUGGAGCAAUUGUUUCUAGAUGACAUCGGUUGCCUUUCUGAAACAUUCAGGCUGUUGGCCGCCAUUCUUCGGAGCAGUGCUUCUAUAUCUUGGGCCGAAGUUCUUUUACCUGAUAAGAUUCUUUCACGUAUUCUGUCGAUACUUGGAAACACAAUGAGUUGUACAUUACUGGAGAAGGGCAUUGACUUUAUAUCAACUGUCAUGGACGCUCAAGAUGUGAUUGCUAUGCUUAUUCAGCCUUUGCUUAGAGUGGGUUUAGCUGACCAUGCUAUUGGCUUGCUAACAACUGAGAUUCAAAAAUCACCAGAUGAGAAGGUAGACAGGCCGGGUUGUCUUGAUUUGAUCCUUCACUUCAUGGAAGAAUUAACAGCCAUACACAGUGUUGCAGAAGUAAUGUCGUCCAGUGAUCAGUUGAUGCAAGUGCUAGUUGGCAUGAUGAAGUCACCUGAUAAACUUGAGGUUUCAAGCUAUUGCGCUUCUGUGGUGAUCAUAAUAUCAAAUAUUUUGACAGAUGGAAAGCAUCUUGUGCCUAUGGUAUCCCAUGAUUUACCCUUCCUGGAGAGCCUAUUUGACAUUCUUCCAGUGGUCCCUGAUGAUGACCAAGCUCGAUAUGCACUUUGGUGUACCUUAUCACGUGUCCUGGCACAAGUGCAAGAAACUGAGAUAAACUCUUCAUCCCUCGACCAGUUUGCAGCUCUCUUCUUAGGCAAGUUCACACUCAUCAAAGAUGACAUUGAGAGCCAUGAGGUUGACGAAGAGAACUUAUCGGCUGAGGAUUCUUAUGUGAUGGGAUGGGCAUCCAAAUGUCUCAGAGCAAUCUCCUUUGUCAUGGAGAGAUGGAUCACGGAGAAGUCUUCUCAGAGCAAAGAAGACGCUACACCGACUGGAACCUCAAUCGACAAUGCCCGGGAGCUGCUGAGUUACUGCCAGAAAAUGCUCCACUGACUGGAAACUCCUCUGACAAGCUUACUGCAGCUUGUGAUCGAUGCUGCUGACCUGUGAGAUUUUGACUUUUGUGGCUGCUGGAUUCUAUUACAACCUACUCUCGUUGUAGAUAAUAGAGAUGCCAUAAAGAUCAGGGAAAGAAAAUCAACAAGGGGGAUAGGGUUGAGGGAAAGGAUAUCAACAAGGGGGUAUGUGUGGGGAUACAAAUUGUUUGAAAUGUCCGAAUGGCCAAAUUUGUUAAAUUGCAAUGGGCUAAAGUUUUCCUUUAUCCUAACUGAUGCGUAAAUCUAGCAGACAUAUGGAUGCAGAUAUGGUUUAGAUCCUUACCCGGCUAUCAUUGAGUUAGCUCAUCAUUUUUCUUGACAUACUAUACCUCUAUUCAGCUUAUUGUCAUGCAUGAUUUUUUUUA